AUAAUUUGUCAAAAAUUCGUUUGUACCGUAGCCGCCGCAUGCGUGGACAUUUGUGUAGAAAUCCAAUUAUACAUUGUGAAGUUAUUGAAAAAUGCCAACCAUCGGUGUAAAGCGAGAUUUACUCUUCGAAGAGCUGGGCCAAAAAUAUACUGACGAUGAGUUCCAGCAGUUGUGCUUUGCUUUCGGUCUCGAGCUGGAUGAAGUCACGACAGAGAAGCAAAUGCUAACCAAAGAACAGGGUGAUGUAGCUGCAUUGGUCAAUGCCUCGGAGGAGAUUAUUUACAGAAUUGAUAUUCCCGCUAAUCGGUAUGACUUGCUGUGUAUGGAAGGAUUGGUAACAUCAUUGCUAGUUUUCCAGGGCAAAAUAAAGCCACCGAAAUUCAAUUUUGUGGAACCAGCGCAACGGCAAGUUCUUAAAAUUCUACCCGAAACUACACAAAUUCGUCCUUUCGCUGUGGCCGCCGUUUUACGGAACCUCACAUUUAACAAGGAUGCGUACGACAGUUUCAUCGAACUGCAAGAUAAGUUACAUCAAAACCUCUGUCGCAAACGCUCUCUAGUCGCAAUAGGUACUCACGAUUUAGACACGUUACAAGGCCCAUUUACAUAUGAAGCCCGUGCGCCAGACAACAUAGAAUUUGUACCGCUCAACCAAACGAAAAAACUGAACGGGCAUGGCAUAAUGGAGCUGUAUUCCACCCAUGCGCAACUGAAACAAUACUUACCAAUUAUUCGCGACUCUCCAGUGUAUCCAGUUAUCUACGAUGCUAAGGGAGUAGUAUUAUCAAUGCCACCCAUCAUCAAUGGCAAUCAUUCAAAGAUCACUUUACAAACCCGCAAUGUCUUCAUCGAAUGUACGGCUACGGAUCUUACUAAAGCAAAAAUUGUGCUGGACACUUUAGUGUGCAUGUUCUCAGUGCAUUGCGGCGAGAAAUUCACCGUCGAGCCUUGCGAUGUGGUGCAACCAGAUGGUACUGUGGUUAAAUAUCCGGAACUAGAAGUGCGCCAAAAAGUGAUAUCGGCGAAAAAGGCAAACGCCUACAUUGGCAUACAGGAAAAGCCCACAAGUAUUGCUGACAUGCUCACGCGCAUGUACCUCGAGUCUGAAGUGGCAGAAGGGGGCGACAACAUACUAGUGCGAAUACCGCCAACACGCCACGAUGUCUUGCAUGCUUGCGAUAUUUACGAGGAUGUGGCGAUUGCUUAUGGCUAUAAUAAUAUAAAAAAGUCAUUGCCCGCUUUCAUGCAUAUAGCCAAGCAAUUUCCGUUGAAUAAACUAACUGAGCAAUUGCGCGAACAGGUGGCCCAGGCAGGUUUCACAGAAGCGCUCACUUUUACGCUAUGCUCACGCGACGACAUCGCGCGCAAACUGAACAGAUCGAUUGACAGUAUAGCUGCAGCACAUAUUGCGAAUCCCAAAACACUGGAAUUCCAAGUGGUGCGCACCACUUUAUUGCCGGGAUUGCUUAAAACGCUGGUAGCCAAUCGCAAAAUGCCGCUCCCACUGAAAUUGUUCGAAAUUGGCGAUAUUGUGGUGGCAGAUGAUGAGACCGAAGUUGGUGCGCGUAAUGAACGCCGUCUUUGUGCGGUUAACUGUAAUAAAUCUGCUGGCUUUGAAGUCGUGCAUGGACUGUUGGACCGCGUCAUGCAAUUGCUGGAAGUGCCAUGGAAAUCGGGCAGUCAAAAGCACGGAUAUCACUUGCAAGCGGCUGAUGAUCCCGCCUAUUUCCCCGGUCGUUGCGCUAGCAUUAUGCUUAACAAUGUGGCUAUCGGCCGAAUUGGUGUACUUCAUCCCACAGUACUGCAAGCUUUCGAACUAACCACUCCCUGCUCUGCAGUAGAAUUCAACAUUGAACCUUUCGUCUGACAGAGAUACCAGGAAGUGAUGAAUCAUUUGCUAAAGAAGUAAAAUGAAGAAUGGAUUUGCUUAAAGCAAAAACACUGGAAAAAAAUAAAUAAAAAAAAAAUAUACCUCAAUGGAAAAUAUUUAAUAAAGCUUGAAGCAGGUUUAUUUAA